AUGUGGUGGUUGACAAACUCGAUGGUAUUAAAAGGCUUUGCGAAAUACGAGAUAAUCUUAAGUGGUUCAAACCAAAUGUCUCCGAAACCAACCAAAUUAUACGCGGGAGGCGUUCUAAAACUCUGGAACGAGUUUAAACGGAUCCUUGAUGCAAAGAGGAAAUUGGACAACGUUAGUUGGUCCAAAAUUCGGUUUACUUCUUACGCGUCACAACAAACAGCGAGAUACAGCAUGGAGCUUCAGAAAGUUUUGAACAAAAUAAUCGAGGCAAAUCCAAGCAGAGGUUUACACUGCCAUAACCCAUUGCGUAAGGCUACGGUCGCACAGUUUGCAAGGCUUUCUGAAACACAAAGAUCCUGUAUCACAUGGCUAUUACAGUCCUUCAAUCCGGUGCCCUUGGAAUUUUAUCGAUUUUUAAAUCGGAAAACGAAACAUAUUGCAGUCAAUGGGUAUCUUUCAGCACUUUCACAUGUCUUGGAGAUGUCGGACGAAAUGCCUGAAGAAAAGAGGGUCUUGUUUGGAGAGAUCCAACAAAAAUGGAAAGACGGCAUGUUCAACAGCGACUGGACAGUAUAUGCGGCAGAACGGUCAGCACUAUCAUCAAUCAAAACAAGCAUCUCCGUCCAGAAAGACUUCAAUAGUGAAGUUUCGUCUCACUGCACUAAGAAACGGAAAUAUGACCCAUCGACGCCAAAUAAACCAGUGAUCAGGGUCGACAUGGAAGGAUUAUACCCUCAGAUAUCAUUCGAAAAGAAAAUUAGGUUCGCUGCAAGUGAAUCCAACAACGAUGAAGCAACCGCCAGUAGCGAAACAGGUUCUCUGUUAAAUCCAUUCGAAGUCCCUCAAGGAACGGAAACGGACAGCGGACAGAACCAGAUUGCUACUUGGCGCAAAUGGUUAGAGUACAUCCUUGAGGUUCCCAUAGAGGAUGUAAGGAUAAAAAUUCUGACACUCCCAUAUAGCAAUAAGAAUAAGUUUGAAGCGACUAUGAUUCAAUACAUUGGCAAAGUGCUAAUGGAUUUCGUUAACAAAGUCAUUGAUGUCCCUGGCAAUGUCCUAUUCAUUGAUGAUAUUGAGCGAGACUGGAUCAUCAGUAAGCUGUCACCGCUCUUUGUUUAUCUAGAAGCCACAUUCAUAAAUCGAGUCCGAUUCCAUUGGCAAGUGGUUGAGCACGAUAUAGAGCCCACUCACGAGCGUCUCGUCCGUGAUGGUAACACCACCAACAAAGACCGGCUGAAAGCUGACAUGGUUGGCGUUCGGCUUUGUGACAACCGGCAAAUAGUGUUUUUAGAAAUGAGUGGAGCACCCACGGACUUUUUACAACCGCAUACCAUUACGGACGUCCAUAAGACGAUUCAAGAACGAAUUGAUGCGGUCAAUUCGUUGCUAUUGAAUUUCUUAGAUUAUGAUGUGCGAUAUGCGGGGAAGAUUCGUUCGCUAACUGUUCAGGGAAUCAGAGAUCGGCUUACAUUACGAUCAAUUUUUUUAAGAGGGAAGGAGGAUUACUUUGAUGAGGAGAUUUUAUCAGCGAUAUUUCCACUUAGUUGGGAGCUCCGCUUCCAAUUUUUGGAAAUAUUUGAACUAACUGAAUGUAUAAUGCUAUCAAUUAUAGAAUACCCAAAUGUGAUAAAAGAGCUGAGAAAACAUCGUGCAGACUCUCUGGAAUUUUCUAUUAGACAUUGUCUUUCAAAUUAG